CCAGCCACUCAUCUUUGAAGCACAAAAGACUCGGAAAAAAAGAGAAGCGAUCCAUUUAAAAAAUCAAGGCUGGAAGUUUGUCGUGAAAUCUCAAACUUCUCCAUGAACGUAACGUUGCAUUUGAUCAUUUCUAGUAGAGAUAAUUGAAGUUUACAUCAAAAACCGUGCUUAAGGGGAUCAUGAGCAAGUACUUUACUAGAUCAACUGCAUCAAAGGACUAACCAGAGUAGAAACAUUGACAUUUCGUUAUACGAUAUUGAGAAACUUAUUUUUUUGGUCACAUUUUUCUUCGUGAAAGAGAUCUUCACACCGUCGACUACAUAGAGUAAUGUCAGUAAUGGAGUACUCGGAUUUUACCUUUUCGAUGCCAACUUGCUAUCAACUAGGAAUUCCCAAAGAACCCAACGCUGCAGAAACUCAAGGUAUGAACUACUCAUGCCCCUCUCAAACGGUGCCCGUGGCUCAUCCAUUAUACGACUGCAACUUGGAACCGGCGUUCAUCAGGAAACGCAAUGAAAGAGAACGCAUUCGCGUGAGACACGUAAACGAAGGCUACGCCAAACUUCGCGAACACCUUCCAAACGAACCGACCGAGAAACGAAUGUCGAAAGUGGAAACACUCAGAGCUGCAAUCCGUUACAUUCGUAAACUUGAAUCGAUGCUUGGAAGCACCAAAGACAAAUCGAUCUGCACGGGCUCUCAAGCAGAGAAGACUGAAGACGUCAAAGCAAAAGAGUCGGAAAGAGAUAAAAACGAUUCCUGUUAAAAAAAAGUUGAAAUCAUUUCUUUCAUUCAUUGCUACCGUUGAAAACUUAACAGUUUUGUCUUGGAUUGCUGCUGAAUGCUUUAUUUCAUGGAACUCAAUUAGAACUGUUUUAAAGCUUAGGUUCUCAGAUAAUUUUGUACAAUAGUUAUAUUUUAGACGGUGCACUUCAAAUUUGUGCGAGCACGACAGUAAUUUUAACCGACAGCACAUUUCAAUAACUAAUAAACAAGUAACUUUUUCCCUUCG